AUGUUACCGGAAAUGACAGAUACAUUUCCGGAACCACCUUGUACCGAGUUAACCAUACCACCGACAAAUUCAGAGAAAUUACCUUUAAAGGGCGAUUAUGUUCUCACUCCUGAAGAUCUUCCAAGUUCAUCUCCUUUGUUAAUUUAUACUGCUACCGUGGUACCCGAUUCAUAUAUUCCUGAUAAUCAAGGUGGACGAGAAAGUUUCGUAAUGGCGAGACGGUUAUAUAACGGGGUCACUAAUAAUAAAAAUGUUGAGUCAAAAGUUAUUAUAUCGGCGUUUGAAAAUUGGAUCAAAAAAACUUCCCCAUAUUCUCGUUCUGACAUUGAAUGGACAUAUGUUUCUAGUGAUUUCCAGCCCUCAAGUACUACAAGUAACACAAGAGGACUCCUUCCACUGGAACAACCUAUGCGGAACCCUCCUCGUCAACUGCCAAUUGUGAAUCUUCAUCUCAGAAUACAAAUCAAAGUAUUCCUUCGUGUUGAAGAUGAAGAUGAUACCCUUAUAAGUGAUAAUGAUUCUAUUGAGCCUUCUCAUGUUCAACCUCAGAAUACAAAACCUGAUACUAAAGGUAAACGUGCUCGCACUGCAAAAAAAUAA